UCCGUUGCGGCGCGUACCUACUCGCCGCCGUGCUGUCGCUGUCGCGCCGUCGCCACCACAUAUCGCCGCCGCUGAUGCUCCGGCGUGUGUGCCACUCGCGCCAAAACUGUGUCACUGGGUGGGCAGAGGUACAUCGCCGUAAUAUAGUUAUAUCGGCGUGCGUCGGCCGGCUCGCGGGAUCAGUGGGUCGUCCGCGGCGGUCCGGAGAACAGGCGCUCUUGCAGCACAGCACCAACACUAUAUAUAAUAUUAUAACGUCACGAUAAUAAUAUAUAAUUGUUUUAUCGCAGCGUUUUGCGAUUUUGUCGGCCGCGCGCGUACCUACCUACGACCGUUGUUGUCGUCAUUGUUUUUGUCGCCCGUUCAAAUACUAUUUCACGUUUUUUAUUAUUAUUGUCGCGUCGUCGUCCGUCGGGUCGCGAGCGCGUGCCGUCUCCGUCGUCCGCCGUGCAACAGCACCCGCACAACGCCGGCCGGGCCGAGCGCUCGAACAUCAUGUUCAAGAAGGAAAAACCCAUGAUGUCUGUGUCGGCCAUCAUACAGAGCAGGGCCGCGCACCACUGGGGCAGAGGUUUAAGAUUGGACAAUAAUCUGUCACUGAGUUCAAUGGGUCCUCAGUCUCCUUUAGACCUCAAACCCGAUACGGCCACUCUGAUGGUUAAUUUCAGCCCCCCUGGAGAUCCUCUAAGCCCUGCAGGAUUAUACAGCGUUGAUCGGAGCAGUAUGAUGAAUAAUUCUUGCAACGUACAAGACUCUCCGAAUUACCCGCCCAACCAUCCACUUAGUGGUUCAAAACAUCUAUGCUCCAUAUGUGGAGACCGCGCUAGUGGAAAACAUUACGGAGUCUACAGUUGCGAGGGCUGCAAAGGGUUCUUCAAACGCACCGUGAGGAAAAAUUUGUCUUAUGCGUGUCGUGAAGAAAACAAAUGCAUCAUCGACAAGCGCCAACGAAAUCGGUGCCAGUACUGCAGGUAUCAAAAGUGUUUGACCAUGGGCAUGAAAAGAGAAGCCGUCCAGGAAGAAAGGCAACGUACAAAAGAUCGAGAUCAUAAUAAUAUUGAAGUUGAACCCACAAGUAGUUCUAAUACUGACAUGCCAGUGGAACUCAUUUUAAGGGCUGAAAAUAAAGCCGAUGCUAUAAAGACUGAACAGCAGUACAUAGAGCAACAACAUCCUCAACAUACUGUUGGUGCAAUUUGUCAAGCAACUGACAAACAAUUAAUACAACUCGUUGAGUGGGCCAAACAUAUACCGCAUUUUAAAAAUUUACCUCUUGGCGAUCAAGUUUUAUUAUUGAGAGCUGGUUGGAAUGAGUUGAUGAUUGCAGCAUUUUCCCAUAGAUCGAUCAGUGUAAAAGAUGGUAUAGUCUUAGCUACUGGACUUACUGUCGAUAGAGAUUCUGCUCAUCAAGCUGGAGUUGAAGCUAUAUUUGAUCGUGUACUUACUGAACUCGUUGCUAAAAUGAGAGAUAUGGGUAUGGACAGAACAGAACUUGGCUGUUUGCGUACUAUUAUUCUUUUUAAUCCAGGUUCAAAAGGUUUACAGUCUGUUAAUGAAGUAGAAGUACUACGUGAUAAAGUUUAUGUUGCCUUAGAAGAAUAUUGUCGCGCAACACAUCCAGAAGAACCUGGACGAUUUGCUAAACUACUUCUUCGGCUUCCUUCGUUGCGUUCAAUUGGUUUAAAAUGUCUGGAACAUUUAUUCUUCUAUAAACUUAUUGGGGAUUCACCAAUUGAUACAUUUUUAAUGGAAGUUCUUGAAUCAUCAUCACACGAUGUUCAAGUAGCUACAUGAUUUCUAACAAUUUUGCUAGAUAAUAAUACCAUUACUUAUAUUUUGUAUAGUUAUAUCUAAUGGUUAUACGUUUAAAUAUUAUUAAUUAGAUUAAAAAAUGUAUACAGAAUUGUUUGUAGAGAUUUUUUCAUAUUUAUGAAUUAUUAUUUUUCGUGGCAAUUUUUUUAGAUUGAUCACUUGACCAUUUUAGAAAUGUAUAUGAAUUAAUGAUUAAGAGCGUGUUUGGAAAACAUUAAUUUAAAAUAAAAUAAUUAUUAUUUUAUUCUUAUCUUAAAAUACUGUCAUUUCUUAACCAAUUUGAAAUAGCUUAAUAAAUAAGAUUUGUUUUUCUAUAGAUUAAUAUUCUUCUAAUAGUUUAAAAUUAUAAUUAUGUUAGAUUUUUAUAAUUCAACGAUUGAUAAAAUGAACACAAAACUAUUGUUUCCAAAACAUAUCACAAUUUUUUUUUUUGUUUACUUGUCAUUUUCAUCUGUCUAUGUAACUUUAUCAUCUCACAUAAUCUAUUUCAAUAAUUAAUAGUAUAUAUAUAUACUAUUCAUUUAACGUACAUUAAUAGUACAUAAUUUGUUUCUUACAUUUGGUUAAAGACCUAAUAUUUUAUUUUACUGUGAAAUAAUUAAUUUUUAACUAUAACAGUAAUUAAUUUAUAAUAUUAAUGUCAUGUUUAAAAAAUAAUUCUCCAAACUCGUAACUUUGUCAUAAUUUUAUUAAAUAUUCAUAAAUGUAUAUAUUAUUAAUUUUAUUUUAAUAAAAUUUAUUAUUAAUAAUAAUAAUAAUAAUAAUAAUAAUAUUCAAGUAGGUUUAUAGAACAACAUAAAAAUGGUUUUUAAAACCGUUAUAUGUUUUCUAACUCAAUUUUCAGUAUUAUUCGAGUGUAAUCAAGUUAUACUUCAAAGUACUAUUAGAAAUUUAAUUUAAUUUAUUUACUGUUUUAUUGGAGAUUUAAAUACAUAGUUUAAAUAUAUUUUGUAUUAAUUUCAAUUAUAUGUAUAAUUUGUUAUUAUAUACAUAUUAUUUAUAAACAAUUUUUAAUCAGACUAUUAUAAAUCAACCAUGAUAAUUAUUUUAAAUAGUUUUGUUUCAUAAUAUUAUAUAAAAAAUGUUAUAUAUAUAUAUAUAUAUUGCCGUUGCUUUAAAAAUAAUGAUUUUACUACUUAAAUAAAUGUCAAUCCUAAUAAAAUAUAAAUAUAUAAGUUAUUAAUGUUUUAACCAACUACUUACUGAAAUAUGUUUACUUAAAUUAUUAUUGUUUAUUUCUAUUUUUAUGAUUUAUUUUGUAAGAAUAUUAAACUAUAAAAAAAAUUUUUUUUUUAAACUACUGAAACUUAUAAAAUUGUUAAAUACAAAAAUUGAUAUGAAAAUGAAAAAUAUUUUUCAAACCGUUUUUCCUAUAAUAAAUAUAAUGAAUAUCUAAUUUUUUAUUUUUUUAUUCUAUAAUGGCGUUUCUAAAUUUAAAAAUUGCAUACACUGUAUUGGUUUUUAUUUACCAAUUACUAUUUAUAUUAAAUGAAUAAUAAUAACUGUUGCACUAUUAACCAAAAAAGACCUAUUAGUUAUAUAUACAUAAAAAAAUUGAGUGAUUGUUCCAUGUGUAAUUAUUUUCAAAAUUAUACUACCUAUCUUAAUUUUAUACCUCAUUACAUUUAGGAAUUUUUUUUUAAUUAAAUGAAAAAGAAUAAUGGUGUUUUUUUAUUAUUAUUAUUAUUAUUAUUAUUCAAUGUACAUAAUUUUAUUUUUUUUUUUAACUUAUUAUAUUUACUAUUAUUUUUAAUAAAAUACUUAUCAUUAUAAUAUGGCAUUGUAAGUUAUUAAUUAUUAAGAUGGUUACGGUAUUAUAAUAUGUAUGAAAAUUAUGUUAGUUAAUAGAGUUUUAGGUUCCUAGUAUUUUUUAUGUGACUCUUGUUUUUUAUUAUUUAUUUUAAUUUAAUAAUAUGUUUUUUAAGAAUAUAUUUUUUUAUGUAAGUAUUUUUAAUUUAAUCUCAAAUUAGUGACAUUCGUGAAAAAAAAAUGUUAAAUUUUUAAAAUAAAGAGUUACACUGGCGAGUUAAAAAAAUGUAUAUUAAUUUCAUAAAUAUAUAAGAAAAAAUAUGUUCACAUUUA